AUGGGUAGAGUAAAGUUGUUUCAUCUGACCAGUAAACGUGCAAACCGAGAGAAAAUGUCUUCGUAUCUGAAUGCCACCUUGUUGCUCAUGAGUCUGUUCUCGAUUGUUCUCGUCAAGACCUCUCUAGCGGAACCGAUACAACAUGCCAUCCCAUCGAUGGAACCUGAGUUGAUCGAGUACGACUAUCCGGAGCCCGCCUAUCGGCCGUACUAUGCGUGGAGACGGGCAUUUGAUGGUCGAUUCCGCCCGGGACCGCAUGCCGAUGGUCGACUGAACAAGAAAUCGUUUUUGUUGGACAGCCGAUUGGGUUAG